CAGCAAAAUAAUUUGAACAGGAAAAAAGAAAAAGAAAAAGAAGUAGACAUAAAACGACGUCGUUGCAUUCGUCCCCAACCAGAACCAGCGUGAGGAAAGGGAACCAUUAGAAUCGCGUUGGAGGAGGAUCCCUCAUCCCACGCACGCAUACUAUUAGUUUUGCAGAGCUCAUCAAAUCGAACCUCCAUUCCCGCAACACGCCACUUUCGAUUUCACGUUUCUUUCACCAACAACUCUCGUCGCUUUUCGAUUAUUCAUUUAUAUUCUAGGUGAAACUUCUUAAUAAUUUCAACUAUGAACUCCAACACUUGGAAAGCCACGUCAAUGAUUUGAUUCCUGGAUCCAACGCAUCCAUUAAGCUUUCGAGAUGGCGUGGUUUAGUGGAAAAAAUACGUGGGGGAACUUCCCUGAUUUGGCGGGAGCCGUGAAUAAGCUUCAGGAGAGUGUGAAGAAUAUUGAGAAGAACUUUGAUUCCGCUCUUGGAUUCGAAGAGAAGGGUGAAUCCAGCAGCAAUGAAGAUGCAGGAUCAUGGCCUACACCUGCUGAGAGGAAAACCCUAUUUAAUCCUGUCAUGGCCUUUAUGGGGAACAAAAAUGAGGAAACUACAGAAGAAAUGUCUGAAAAAGAUGAGUCCUCUCAACAUGACUCUGAAAGUGAGAAGUUGGCAGAAAAGUCUGAGUCUCUGGAUCAUGCACCUGUGGCUGAGGGAAACAAAGCCCUUGAAACUGAUAAUGAAGUCCAUAUGGAAGCUGAACAAACCACUGCGCAGGAUGAAAAUAAAGUGCUUAAGGAAGAGGAAGAUGGUGAGCAUACAGUGUCAGCAGAUGGAACAAUUGCACAGAAUUUGGAUCAUGGAAAGGAGGAACACCACUUACUGGAGAUGCCUGUUGAAUUGCCUGAAUCCCCUGUUGAGAAGAUUGAGAGUUCAGAUUCUGUAGACCAUCCACAAGAGAAAGAGAUAGCCGAAGAGGGAGUCUCUGGAAGUCCAGUGUCGAUGGACCUCUUGCCUUCUAAUCUUUCGGAAAAUUUAGUUGAGGGUGUUACUAGCGAGUCUGGUGAGUCACAUGGUAUUAGUGAUGGGCAUGAAAAUUCUCAAGUCGAGACAGAAGGGGAGAGUAAAAAAGAAGAGAGGAUGCAAGCAGAAGGAAGUGUAAAGAGUAUUUCUUCUGUUCAACCUGAGGCAUCAGAUGACACUGAGAAAAGAGAUGAUGUCAACACUUAUAUUCUGCAUUCUGUGGCAUCUGAGGAAACCAAUAACAUUGAUCAAUCAUAUAAUGAACACUUGUCCAGUGCUACUCCACCAAAUGAAUCUUCUAUGGUGGUAACUGAAGUGUUUUCACCUGAAGAUGAAACAACCGUAAAAGGAAAUGAAACAGACCACGUUGCCAAUGAUGUUGUAACUGACAUAAGAGAGCAUCAUUUGAGUUCUGAAAGAACAAUGUCUGACCCAGGUUCCUUGCUUGAACUAGAGAGGCUGAAAAGGGAGAUGAAAAUGAUGGAAGCUGCACUACAAGGUGCUGCAAGGCAAGCUCAGGCUAAAGCUGAUGAGAUUGCAAAAAUGAUGAAUGAAAAUGAACAAUUGAAAGCGGUGAUUGAGGAUUUCAAGAGAAAAUCCAAUGAGGCAGAAGUUGAGUCUUUGCGAGAGGAAUACCAUCAGAGGGUAGCAACUCUCGAGAGAAAGGUUUAUGCUCUCACUAAGGAAAGGGAUACUCUUCGCCGAGAGCAGAGUAAAAAAAGUGAUGCAGCUGCUCUCUUGAAAGAAAAGGAUGAAAUAAUUACUCAAGUUAUGGCAGAAGGUGAAGAGCUUUCCAAAAAGCAGGCUGCUCAAGAAUCCACAAUUAGGAAACUAAGGGCUCAGAUUAGAGAUCUUGAGGAGGAGAAGAAAGGUUUGACUACUAAACUUCAGGUAGAGGAGAAUAAAGUAGAAAGUAUCAAGAGGGACAAAACAGCUACAGAGAAGUUAUUGCAAGAAACAAUAGAAAAGCAUCAAAAUGAAAUUGCAGCACAGAAAGAAUAUUAUACAAAUGCUUUGGCUGCUGCUAAGGAGGCUGAAGCAUUAGCAGAGGCUCGUGCCAACAAUGAAGCAAGAACAGAGCUAGAGAGUCGUCUGAGAGAAGCUGAGGAACGGGAAUCUAUGCUAGUCCAGGCACUUGAAGAAUUGAGGCAAACAUUAAGUAGAAGGGAACAACAGGCAGUCUUCAAAGAAGAUAUGCUUCGCAGAGACAUUGAGGAUCUUCAAAAACGUUACCAGGCAAGUGAAAGACGGUGUGAGGAACUGAUAACUCAAGUUCCAGAAUCGACAAGGCCUCUUUUAAGGCAAAUUGAAGCCAUGCAGGAAACAAAUGCCAGAAGAGCUGAAGCUUGGGCUGCUGUUGAAAGAAAUCUCAAUUCUCGACUUCAGGAAGCAGAGGCAAAAGCUGCAACUGCAGAGGAAAGAGAGCGAUCUGUGAAUGAACGCUUAUCUCAAACCUUGUCUCGAGUUAAUGUCCUUGAGGCUCAGAUUUCAUGUCUUAGAGCAGAACAGACUCAGUUAAGUAGGACCCUUGAAAAGGAGAGACAAAGGGCAGCUGAAAGUAGGCAGGAAUAUCUUGCAGCAAAGGAGGAAGCUGACACUCAAGAAGGUCGUGUGAGACAGCUUGAGGAAGACAUCAGAGACAUUAGACAGAAACACAAGCAAGAGUUACAGGAGUCAUUGAUACAUAGGGAGCUUCUUCAGCAGGAGAUAGAAAAAGAAAAGGCUGCUCGAACAGAGCUGGAGAGGACUGCACGUGUUCAUUCUGCUCCAUUAUCAGAUCAAACUCCGAAUACAAAGCUAACUUCUGCUUUUGAGAAUGGGAACCUGUCUCGGAAAAUCUCUAGUGCAAGCUCCCUGGGAAGCUUGGAAGAAAGCCACUUUCUGCAAGCAUCGUUGGAUUCAUCUGAUAGUGUUUCUGAGAGGAGAAACCCAGGAGAACUAAGCCCUUACUAUGUGAAAAGCAUGACACCCAGUUCUUUUGAAGCUGCACUUCGUCAGAAGGAGGGUGAACUUGCUUCAUACAUGUCACGCUUGGCAUCACUUGAAUCUAUUCGUGAUUCUCUUGCUGACGAGUUGGUCAAACUGACAGCAGAGUGUGAGAAGUUGCGUGUGGAGGCUGCUGUAUUACCUGGCUUACGAUCAGAGCUAGAAGCACUAAGGAGAAGACACUCUGCUGCUUUGGAAUUGAUGGGCGAACGUGAUGAAGAGCUGGAGGAACUUCGGGCGGAUAUUGUAGAUUUGAAGGAAAUGUACAGAGAACAAGUGAACUUGCUUGUUAACCAGAUCCAGACAAUGGGUACAUAAAUGGGUAACGACUAGUUUGGCCGAAGAAAGGGCUUGGGGGAACGGAAAGAGUAGUGUUCAGCAACUAUCUGAGAAUUGCGAUGGCCAUGACCAUGACUCAUGUCUCUGAGCUGCGUGUGAUGUACAUUGGUACAGUAAUAAUAUAUUGGAGACAAGUGCAUUCGGCCUCUGGAGAAUGAUUCCUUCAGGUUUUCCAUCGGAAGAUAUAUAUAUUUUGUUUGCCCGGGCAACAGAUACUGAUAGUCACCCUUGUUAAGGGAAUGUUGUAUAGUCCAUCUUUUUUAUACGUAUUCAUACUUGGAAAGAUCCAAAGAAUAUUCUUGCUGAGUUUGUUGACAAUAUGUUUUUUUCUCCUCGAGUGUGUGUAACGUUCCAAAUAAACAAAAGAGAAGCACUAGCUAAAACGAGUUUUUUUUUACUGCUAUAUUUUUUAUUGUUGAAGGAAUUUCAUGUGGAUUUUAUUAAA